CAAUUUUCUCAGCUUAGUAAAAGAAAAACAGCGGUCCAAAAAGUCAACCGGUUUAACACAAACCCAUCCAAAAAAACCGAACCGGGUCGAGCUAGGUUAACAAUAUACAUAAGUAGCUCCUCAAACCACGAAGCAAAUAAAUCAUUCGCAUUUUUUUUUUUCAUUUUUGUCAUCAAUUGAGAGAUCUAAGCAAAACCCAUAAGGGAAUUUACGUAUAAAAAAUGGAAUCAGCAGCUAGAAGAAGCAGUGGUGGUGGUAUUCUUGAAGGAUUUUACAGAGUUGUUAUGCGUCGUACUCCUGUCUAUGUUACUUUUGUCUUCGCUGGCGCUUUACUUGCCGAACGGGCGGUGGACUAUGGGGUUCAUAAGCUUUGGGAGAAGAACAAUGUUGGGAAGCGCUAUGAGGAUAUCUCAGUUUUGGGACAGAGGCCUGUCGAUGAAUAAAUUUCCAGUAUGAAGUGUAUUUCAUCAUCAGACAAGAGACAGAAGUACUUGUUAUCGAUCUUUCAAUAAUCGUCUUGCUAAUUAGCCAUUGCUGGCUUUCUUUUACAUAUUUGCCUGUAGUUUUUGGACGAAAUUCAUUGAAUGAAAUAUGGUUACCAACUUGAAAUGUAUGUCAUCUUGGCUUGUGUUUGACACAAUCAUUAUUGCGUCCAAAAAGAUACUUUCUUGCAUUUUAUAUGGAAGUAUUUGAACACAAA